UCUUAACUUCUAACACCAUCCGUAGCUGCACGAGCAGAUCUGAUCAUUUUCGCCUUUUGCUGUGAACAGACGAAAUGUCAGCCACUCUGAGAUUAGCACUUUUGUUACUGGCUGUUGCCGUGUGCCAGGGAUAUCAGUCCAAUGACAUAGACGAGGAGGACGAGCUUGUUUACGAGCCUUCCAAAUACGGAUCCCUGUGGCCUCUCCCGCAGAAAGUGCGUGUGUCAGAGGUUUCAUUCAAGUUGCCCAGCGCUAGCUUCAAAAUAGUGGACGCCAAGGAGUCGUCGGCAGGACCCAGCUGCAGCCUCCUGCAGAACGCGUACCGCAGGUAUUAUGAAUACAUGUUUGGCAGCGUAAGAAAACCGGGGUACGUGAAGAGCAGGGCAGCGGGCCCGUCUGAGAUCUCCGAGUUACAGGUGUGGAUCACAUCAGCUGACUCUGAGUGUGACAGCUACCCCAGUCUGACAUCCGACGAGUCAUAUGAGCUGACAGUGGACCAGCCGAACGCUGUCCUGAAGGCAUCAAAGGUGUGGGGGGCUCUGCGAGGUCUUGAAACUUUCAGCCAGUUGGUGUAUGAAGAUGCAUAUGGAGCUAAAAACAUCAACUCAACCACCAUCAGUGACUUCCCCCGAUUUGCACACAGAGGCAUCUUAUUGGACACCUCCCGUCACUUCUUGCCUAUUAAAGUCAUCUUGGCUAAUCUGGAAGCGAUGGCAAUGAACAAAUUCAACGUAUUCCACUGGCACAUUGUGGAUGAUCCCUCAUUCCCCUACCUGAGCCGAACUUUCCCACAGCUGAGCCAGCAGGGCGCUUACCACCCAUACACGCAUGUGUAUACACCCGCUGACGUGAAGAUGAUCAUCGAGUUUGCCCGUCUGAGAGGCAUCCGCGUCAUACCGGAGUUUGACACUCCAGGGCACACACAGUCUUGGGGCAAAGGCCAGAAAGACCUGCUCACGCCCUGCUACUCUGGUACAACUCCCUCCGGCACAUUUGGCCCAGUAAACCCCAUCCUGAAUACCACUUAUAGUUUCAUGCGCCAGCUCUUCAGCGAGAUCAGCAGUGUGUUCCCCGACGCCUACGUUCACCUCGGGGGUGACGAGGUCGACUUCAGCUGCUGGAGGUCCAACCCGGACAUCCAAAACUUCAUGGAACAGCAAGGAUUCGGACAAGACUACAGCAAGCUGGAGUCAUUCUACAUCCAAAAACUCCUGGAUAUUGUCACCACAACCCAGAAGGGCUACAUGAUCUGGCAGGAGGUCUUUGACAACGGUGUUAAGCUGAAACCAGACACACUUAUCCAUGUGUGGAAAGGAAACCAGCAGCAAUACAAGGAUGAGAUGGCAAACAUUACGUCUGCAGGGUACCACACCCUGCUCUCCACUCCCUGGUACCUGAACCGUAUCUCCUACGGCCAGGACUGGCAGGGCGUUUACAGGGCCGACCCGCAGGACUUUAAGGGGACUGAAGCACAGAAGAAACUUGUGAUUGGAGGUGAAGCCUGUCUGUGGGGAGAGUAUGUGGAUGCCACCAACUUGACCCCCAGACUCUGGCCUCGUGCCAGUGCUGUGGCAGAGCGACUGUGGAGCGCCAAGGAAGUGACUGACAUCAGCGACGCCUACAGCAGGCUGUCCAUGCACCGCUGUCGCCUGGUUGAGCGCGGGAUCCCAGCUGAGCCUUUGUUUACAAGUUUCUGUCCCCACGAGUACAAAGGUGUCUGAACACAACUUGAAGGCUGGACAUUGGACCAAUCAUCAUCAUCACCACCACCAUCAGUAGCAGCAGGGGGAGAGGGAGGGGGAUGCACAGCACCAUCCCCGUGCUUGCAUUUUUAACUAAGAAAUCGAAUGUGAAACGAACCUUGUAGAGAUACUGAUGCACUGAGAUAUUAUAUAAAAAAAAAACCACACACACACAUACAAACAUCAGUUCUGCAGAAUUCUUGAUCAAACCUAAUGU